UCCCCUUUGGCCCUGUCCUCCCUUUCCCUGGAGGCCCCCAUUCCGUGGCGGGACCCUGGGCAGGAGGAGGGGGCCUCUCCCGGGUGCCCUUGCGCUCUCUGGGGGCCUUUGCCGCCGGGCUGCUCCGGGGGGAGAGUGGCCCUGGCUCCUGGCGGCCGUGCUCUCCGUCCGUGGACCGUGGGCGCUGCUGCUGCUGCUUCUUUUCCUCGGCCCCCUCAGGGGCUGGCCCACUCUCCAUGCCCUUAUAAAGGCCGAGCCUCUCUCUCCCUUCCCUUCCCUCGGAGCCCAAAAGGCUGGCAGAAAGAAAGGAAGGAAGAAGCCAGAGGCGCACGCCGCCGGGGAAACCUGCUGCCAGAAGCCAGCGCCGCCCGCCUUGCCUUGGCAGAGCCCCCGAAGAAGCCCCCUUUCUCUCUUGAGGAGGAGCAGAGUCCCUUUUGGGGGGAGCCUCAGCUGCCUAGACUCCCUUCCGAGCCCCGAAAGUGUGGAGGAGGCGGCGAGGAAAUUAUUCGACCAGACAGGAUCUGCCCUGUAAUAUCUGUGGGACGCCAUCAGACGUGCCGACCCCAAAUGUUCAAAAUCAAAAGACUGCCUUCAGGACGCAGGAAGUUGGCAUAACACUUGGAUCCCUUACAAGUAAGGAUAAGAUUGGUCUCUACACCUGAGGAAAAAUGGCACCAACCCUGCAACAGGCCUACCGGCGACGCUGGUGGAUGGCUUGCACUGCAGUGGUAGAAAAUCUCUUCUUCUCAGCAGUUCUGCUGGGCUGGGGCUCCCUGCUCAUCAUGCUCAAACAUGAAGGCUUUUACUCCCACGUGUGCAUAGGUGAAAAUGGCACCAAUAGCUCUGGAGCAGCCAAUAUGUCUCACCAUUGGCCCAGCUGUGUGGAACAGGAAGAAAUGCUUAACCUAGGUUUCACUAUUGGCUCCUUCUUACUGAGUGCUGCCACCUUGCCUCUUGGGAUAUUCAUGGACCGCAUUGGCCCAAGACCGCUCCGCCUCAUCGGAAGUGCAAGCUUUGCUAUCUCCUGUGCUCUUAUGGCCCUGGCUGCCUACAAUCCACCAGUCCUUUCCCCGCUGAUUUUUCUCGGCCUUUCUCUGAAUGGCUUUAGUGGGAUCUGCCUGACCUUCACCUCCCUAACCCUGCCAAACAUGUUUGGAAAUUUACGUUCUACCUUCAUCUCACUCAUGAUCGGCUCAUAUGCUUCCUCUGCCGUUACAUUUCCUGGUAUCAAGUUGAUCUAUGACAGUGGAGUUUCCUUCAUCACCAUCAUGCUUGUCUGGGCAGGCCUGGCUUGCCUCAUCUUCCUCAACUGCUUGGUCAACUGGCCCCGUGAGUCCUUCCCAGCUCCUGAGGAAACCAGCUAUACGAAGAAGAUCAAGUUGAGCAGCCUAGCUCUUGAUCACAAGGUAACAGGGGACCGCUUCUAUGUACACGUGGCUGCUGUGGGGCAGCGGCUGAGCCAGAGGGCACCACAUCUGGAUGGGACCAAGGAGGAACUCUAUCCAUCUGUACAGGACCUUCGCCAAGGGGCCACUAAUUCCUCCCAGCGCCCCAUUCCCUUCCGCCACAGUGUCUGUUCCCCCAUCUUUCUGUGGAGUCUUCUUACAAUGGGCAUGACCCAGUUGCGAAUCAUCUUCUAUAUGGCAGCCAUGAACAAGAUGCUGGAGUUCCAAGUGAUGGGCGGCAAGGACCCUGUACCAGAAGAACUAAAAAAUAAAGCUGAGGAAACAGUCAGCUUCUACUCCUCCAUCUUUGGUGUCAUGCAGUUACUGUGCCUUCUCACUUGUCCUUUCAUUGGCUAUGUGAUGGACUGGCACAUCAAGGAUUGUGUGGAUGGGCCAGGAAAUACAGACCAUGCUGGACCUGCCAGGACUGUAGUGAAAGGAAAGCCACCUAAAGUCCGCUACCGUAAGAUACAGAAGCUAACCAAUGCUAUACGUGCCUUUGUCAUCACCAAUCUGCUGCUAGUGGGAUUUGGUACCACUUGCCUGAUCAACAACCUCCAUCUGCAGUAUUUGACCUUCAUCCUUCAUACAAUGGUUCGUGGCUUUUUCCAUUCAGCCUGUGGAGGCCUUUAUGCUGCUGUAUAUCCAUCGAAUCAUUUUGGGACACUGACCGGUCUGCAAUCAUUGAUCAGUGCUGUAUUUGCUCUCCUCCAGCAGCCACUUUUCAUGGUUAUGGUGGGGCCAAUGCAUGGUGAUCCCUUUUGGGUGAACCUUGCCCUCCUCAUCUUAUCUUUUGUGGGCUUUCUGCUUCCCUGCUACCUCUUCUACUACCGCCAUAGACUUCUCCGGGAACAAGCAGUGAAAGACAGGAUCUCUGAUCAGCCUAAUGGUGCCCACAUGAAACUACAGGAUGGUACUGCAACGAAUGGCUUAUUGAGCAAUGAUGCAACCACUAUAUAAAUCAGGAACAGGGAAGGUGGGGGAACCUGUAGGUGACAAAGAACAGAAUAUGGACUUGGAGUGCCUGACAGAUGGAAUGAGACACUAUUAGCAAGGGGAGGGGGAAAAUACUGUGAGGAUUUUAUAUUUGGGAACUAUGAAAAUAACUGAGGUGCUUUUAAUUCUCAACAAGUGCAUAUCUGUAUUUAUAGCUGUUUAUAUUUUAUAUAUAUCUGUAUAUAUAUAGAAAGAGAGAAAGAGAGAAAGAGAACUCUAUUUUUUUGCAGAGUAUUUUAAACAGCCCUAUGACUUUUAAAUAGAUCUUACGGAUGUCCAUCAAUGAGCAUUAGAGACCUAGAAUAUUUUAUAAAAGGUCUACCCCUGCCCCAAUAUGAAUUGUCCCCAGACAAUGGGUAUUUGUGGUUCAUAGCAUUUCACUAUGACUUUCCAAGUGUUAUUAGGCUGUGAUGGGCAAAUUUACCCUUAUCAAUUCCCUCCUCCCCUAUCCUUCUGCCCUCCAGAGAUAAAAAUAAAUAAAUCAGGGAAUGAAUUAAACGCACACAGAUUGUAAGUCCAAAUGGCAUGUUUUCUGCCAGAUGUCUCUUCUGAGUCAAAGUUCCAUCAGCUUCCUUGAAUUCUGGCAGCUAUGCUGGGAUGUUGAAAAAUGGGAUGCAAAGUGUGGACAUCACUUAACAGCAAAUGCUGCAAGCCCUGCCUCCUGUCUCCCAAUCCUUUCCCUGAGCUUUGUAAAAACAAGUGAUGUCCUCAUUAAUUGUCUCUUAGAGACAAAGCUUUUAUGGUCUCUUGAAUGCUGUGUAUUGUGUCCCAGGAUUUGGACCUUGUCUUGGCAGCAGGUGUGACAGCAUUAUGUAAAUUACAGAAUACUGGGAGGGAGAUUAAUUUAACAGGAUUUGGGUAAGGAAGAAGAGAAUGGCAAUUUUUAAUGGCCUCUUUUUGGAUUAUGCCCUUCCAAGAGGAACUGUAGCCUUACAUCUUAGAGGCUAGAUUUGAGCAAUUAUGCUAAAUAUGCUGCCAGACCUCAGCCAACUCUACAUAUUUAUUUAUACUUAAAUUUAUAUUGUUGCCUUUUCUCCAACAGUGGUACUCACAUGUGAUUUCAGCAAAAUAAUGAAACCAUAUAAUAAAAUUAAAUCAUUUUA